AACAUUCUAAAACAUCUAAUCCAUCCUUCAAUCUCUCUCCUCUCCGCCUCAUCUCCAUCUCUAUUACAACUAUAUUCUCAAAUCAUAACUCUGAAGUAUGCGCUGGCGGAGGCCUUAAUUCAUGCUCGCGUUACGCGAGAAAGAUAGAAAUCAAAAUCAAACCGCCUCGAUUCAUCUCCACUUCGCUCUUCGCGGAUCUGCGAUUACCUCUAAGUUUUCCAGGCUGUCUGAAAUCGAGAAGAAAAGCUAAGAUCCUCUCCGAAUCAUUGUUCCUUUUGGAGUCUUGGCUUUCCGAUUCUCUUUCUUUCUUGCAGAUCUGCGGAGCUUUUUCUUUCUUUUUUGCUUGAGAUCUAUGCGAUUUUAAUCUGGUGACUGCUGCGUGAUGAUGAUCAUCUUGUGUUUUUUUUUUUAAUUAAUUUUUUCUUUUGUUAUUUCAGGUUUAGAAUCGAUUUGAAAUGGAUGUCAUCACAGUUACUAGCGAUAGUUUGAUUUUGAUGAAGCUGGAAGGUAGUGAAGUUGUUCAUACACAUGAACACAAUGGUUCUCUUGAUCACAGUGUUCAACAAGAUCCACAAAUUGAUGGCAGCAUCGGGGAUGGGAUGGAAAACCCCUCUGCUCCUGAGACCAAAAUUGAAACACUCUCUUGUGAUCGUGUGGGAACCAAAGCACCGGUAACCAUUUCCAAGGAACGAAGAGGUAAAAGCUUGAAUAGAGGAGAUCAUGUCAAAGCAACGAAUGCCCAUGGUGGAAAGAGUGAGAAAUCUUCUGGCACUGCACCUGUUAGUUUGUUUCACACAAGAAAGAAAGGCAACGAUAGUCAAGCGGAGAUGACAACUUCUUAUUCAGGUGUUUCGAUUAUGUCAGCUUCCCACUCUAAAAAACCUGUUGUUGUUAAUGGCAGACAAGUUGUUAAUGGUGCUAACAGAUCAACAAAACAUAUAUCUUGCCGAAGUGCUACUCAUAUGUCUCAGAGUGUAAUUGUUGGAGAUACAGCUUCUGCUGCUGUUGAUAUGUUAUCAACAGAUGAUUCAAAGGAAGAGAGGCCAAAUCUGAAGCCUUUGAAACAAAUUGAUGUCCAUAAAGUUGAAGAUUAUUCUCAUUUAGCUUCCUUAAGCCCUAGUGGUGGGAGUACGAAACCUCAAAGGUUUGGCACCAUGCCAUCAUAUAGUUUUAGUUUUAGGUGCAAUGAGCGAGCAGAGAAAAGAAAAGAGUUUUACUCGAAACUUGAAGAAAAGAUUCGUGCAAAGGAAGAGGAGAAAACUUCUUUGCAGGCCAAGUCUAAGAACUAUGCGUAUCUUAUUAUGCAGGAGACGCAAGAGGCUGAAAUUAAGCAGCUCAGGAAGAGUCUAACUUUUAAAGCAACACCUAUGCCAAGUUUUUACCAAGAACCUGCGCCUCCGAAGGUGGAGCUGAAGAAGAUACCUCCAACAAGAGCUAAAUCACCAAAGCUUGGCCGGCAAAAGAGUACAGCAUCAACUGAUGGGAAAGGAAUUAUCAGCAGCACAUGCAGAUCAGACCGAUUGAGCCUUGAUAAUAGAAAGCAUCAGAAGUGCUUUUCGAAAGAUACAUCCCUUCAUGUUAAGAAGCCCCAAAGGAUGUCUCUUCCCAAAUUGCCCAGUGAAGAAACACCAUCUAGCGCUGUAGAUUGCCAUUCAGCAGUGGAGCCACAAGAUGAGAUUCCAGGCUUAGAAAUUCCACCCAUUGAUGCUGACAAGGCCGAAGUUGAUCGCAUCAAGAACUCAGACGAAGAUAUGAAGCUUGCUGACCCAGAAAGUAUGGAUGAUUAAGUUUGAAUGGUUGCCUCCGACCAUGCUAUCCAUAACAGGCAGGUGCCUGUGUUUGUUGAGUUGUGUAUGCUGUUUGUUUCUACUAUAAGCCCGAAUGUGAUAAGUUUUUACAGUGGACCCUGUUCUUAAUUGAAUGAUGAAUCAUGAGGAUCUUCUGCUAGGUAUAGUUUUCUUUUUUUACUUAUUCAGUCUUGACAUUUUUGUUCAUAGUUAUUGAAACAUUGGGACAUUAGCUUGUGGUUGAAGUCUGUCAAAUGCUGGUAAAUGCUGGUGAGAUUUGAUGAGUGUCUUGUAUUAUUC